AUGAACGUCGUCUUUGACCUCGGGUCCUGGCGCUUGACAGACGACGGGCGCGUUUACCGCCGCGGCAAGCUCCGGUUCGCCAACGGGGACCUCUACGACGGCGAGUGGCUCGACGGCCAGCGCCAAGGCCGCGGAACCUUUACCUACGUCAACGGCGCCACGUACCACGGCGAGUUUGCCCAUAAUCUUUUCAACGGCUUCGGGGUCCUCCGCGUGCCGGACUUGCAGCACCCGCUCACAAAAGAGUGGACCAAGGGUUCGUCGUACGAAGGCGGGUUCCGCGACGGCCAGAAGCACGGGAAAGGCACCUUGGUGCGCGGGGACGGUGGCAGCUACGAUGGCACGUUUGCCGACAACGUUUUUAGCGGCCACGGCGUCUUUUGCUACGCUAAUGGCGACCGCUACGACGGCGACUGGCGCCACGGCAAGUGGUGGGGCAAAGGCCACCUCUUGUAUCGCGACGGUGGCAGCUACGACGGCGACUUCCAGAACGGCCUCUUCCACGGGUUUGGCCACCGCGCGUGGCCCCAUACAGGGGGGUCCUACGUGGGUGAAUACAAACUCGGUGACCAGCACGGCGCCGGCGCCCGCGUCUUUGCCGAUGGUUCGCAGUACGACGGUGACUGGGUCGACCACCGUCAGCACGGUAGCGGUGUCUGGACGACUGCGACGUUUGUGUACAUUGGUGACUUUGCGCACGGCCUCCCCCACGGCAAUGGCCUCUUCCGCUAUACGAACGGCGAUGUGUACGAAGGGCAGAUGCACAGCGGGUACUAUUACGGCCGUGGCAAGUUUACCUACAAGGACGGUGGCUUCUACGAGGGCGAGUACGUUGCCGUGCGUGUGCGCCGGUGCGUCGUGACGCCAUCGCCCAACAACAAGCGUCAUGGCAAAGGUCGCCGGGUGUGGGCCUCCGGGAACGAGUACAUUGGCGAGUGGUCCAACGAUGUCAUGCACGGCCGUGGCACGCUGCGCUCCACCGUGCAGUGCAUGUAUACCGGCGGCUUCUUCAACGGAGUGCUUCACGGCCACGGGCGGUUUCUGCACACGGACGGACGCGCUUAUGUCGGCGACUGGGUCCACGGCAAGCGCGACGGUCACGGCGAAUCGAUCUUGACGCCUGCUGCUGAACUCGGCGACGACCGACGCCUGCACAUUGGCGGAAACGACGCACUGUACCGACUGCUCAAGUACACGGGGGCAUUUUCGGAUGACGUGCGGCACGGGCGUGGCAUGCUGUACUAUACCAACGGCGACGGCAUUGACGGCGACUUUGUCAGCGGGCACGUGCACGGGGCGGCCGAGUACGUGUUUGCGUCCGGUCGGCGCCGGCGCGGCCAUUGGAAGCACGGACACCGGGUGGCAUGGGACGACGAC